AUGACGAUACCGGCUUCGCCGGAUCCGAUCCUGCGUGUGUCAGUGGGACAGUCCUUGACUCUUUCAGUUGAGGUUGUAGAUGUCGUUGAGGAGGGUACUGCAGAUAACAAGGUAUUCAAAGUGGCACUGGAUGGUCGUAUGUUGAAGACACAAGGCGGUAAUGUUCUAAAGAUCGAAUCCGAGGCAUUAGCGUGUGCUAUCGCUGAGGAAUGGUCGUCCCAAGAAGAGUUUCUGCACAUGAGUCAUAUGAGACUGACUGGAUUGGCGUUCACCGCUCAAGAUAAUCCUCUUCAUAUGACAAGGGAGUCAAUAACGGCUAAAAUUCUGGAGUUCCUUCAUGGUGAUACGAUACUUUUUUGGAAUGACGGAAGCGAAAAACUCGAGAAGUACCAAAAGGAACAUUGGCAACCGGUAAUUGACCAUGCAAACAAGGGUCUUGGCACGUCAUUGAAACCGUGCACAAGCAUGUUUGUAGGCGACGUGGUUUCUUCGGCUGAUGCCAGCAAAGUUGAAAAAUGGCUGCUGUCGUACAACUUUUGGGCACUGACGGGUAUGCAGUAUGCUGUCGAAUCGGUGAAAAGUGUUCUGAUACCGUACUCGGUGGUCACAUUCAAACUAGGUGCUUCGGAAGCCGUCCACAAUGCACUGAUAGAGCAGAAGGCGCAGACGGACACAUGGGGAUUGGUAAGUUCUUGUAAGACUCAAUUUGCUAGAAAUAUGGGACUGAAGAAUCAUGUCUCAUCUAGAUAG